AUGUUGUUCAAUCUUGCCAUUUUAUUCGCUGCGAGCGUUUACGCCGCACCAACAACGCAGGCUACCGACCCUGUCCCAAAACUGACGCCCGGUAGCGAAGACUAUCUGCGAGCGUACUAUCAGUAUCUUGGAGGAAAGGUGGACAUUUCAAAUCCUUUCUUUCCACCUAAUUACGUCUCAAAUGAAAAAGAUCUGAGCUGUGGUGGCGUCACGAAAUGGUAUACACGCAACAUGCUGAAAAACAUUACGGCAAAACAGGUCGACCGCACCUAUGUGGAACUCUUACGCUAUGCCAAUACUCUCACAAAUGAGGUAGAGCUCAAGUUCGAGGAAAAGGAUAUGGAUACCAAGUCUACCACGGAGGGUUGGAGCAUAUCAGCCACGUUCGGUGGCAAGAUUGGAGGCGAAGUGCCCGGGACUCCAGAAGCCUCUCUUGAGCUCUCGGCAUCGUACAGCAAGUCCUGGACAACUACAGUUGGGAAGGAAGUCACAACCGGAGUUGCACCCAAAUGCCCGGGCAAUAACGAAUGCAUCAUGCAGAAGUGGGCUUUCUUCGGUACCUUUAAAGGACAGUGCAAACCAGUUCCCUUUGCGACCAAACUCGACAGAGAACAUCAAGCAUGCCAUGUCAAAGACGACUGCCCUGCCAUGGCGUCUACGUUCUGCCAGGAUAACGGCCUAUCAGAAUGCUCGGUUGAUGUAGCGAUCCGUCACUCAGAUGGCAGUCCGAUCACGGCAGUCGUAAUGCUUUAUCAACCCUUGCCUUCUAUUUCAGCUAACAGGCUGGGUGCCCGAAGCAGCGGAACUUAUGGCGAUCGUCCCUGGGAUAUCAAAAUCGUUAAGAUGUCUUAG